UUCCCUUCCCCCGGCGAUCCUCCCAGCCAAAUCCCUCCCGCUAGGGGACCUCGCACGCCGCUCUAGAUCUAGAUCCGCCCCGUCGUGCCCGCAGGCGUUCGAUCCCUCCCUCCCUCGCUCGCCCGCCCGCGCAGCCAGGCAGCGGAUCCGGCGAGGCGAGGCCCAAGUAGAUCGAUACCUCCGCCUCGCCAUGAAGGGCCCUUCCGGUUCCUCGGGCGGCCGCGAUCCGUGGGCGCCUCCUCCCGGUUCGGGUGGUGGUGGCGGCGGCGGAUCCAGCCAGCCGGCCAAGAAGCAGCAGCGGACGGCGAGCUCGGGCCAGGCCGACGAGGCCUCCACCUCCUCCUCCUCCUCACAGCCCCCGCCACAGCAGCAGCAGCCUGCGCCGGAUGGGGGAGAUGCGCCGUACCUUGGGGAGGACCUGAUGUUCGAGGUGCUGCGGCGGGCGGAGGCGCGGACGCUGGCCUCGGCGGCGUGCGUCAGCCGGGGCUGGCGGGCCCUCGCGCAGGACGAGCCGCUCUGGGAGGCGGCGUGCGUGCGCGAGUGGGCCGACCUUGGCUUCUCCGAGCAGCAGCUCCGCGCCGUCGUGCUCUCGCUCGGCGGCUUCCGCCGCCUGCACGCCGUCUCCAUCCGGCCCAUCCAGCGGCGCCGUGCCGGUGUUCCUGCUGCGCCUGCUCAGGGAAGGGGAAGGCGGCAGCAGCCUCCUGCCAGGCUGGGCCGAGACCAGGUCCAGCUGUCGCUGUCGCUCUUCUCCAUCGGCUUCUUUCAGAAGAUGCCUAAUCAGCCCCCUCUUAAGAAGAAAGAUGAGGGUGAUGGCAGCGAUAAGGGCGGAGGUGGGCGGUGCGGGUGA